CCUCAGGGCGGAAGUAGGGCUUCAGCAAUCUAAAUAACCCCUGGGGAAAGAAGGUGGCGGCCGCGGAGCAGUGCGCCUGCACGGGCAGCUUUCCCUGGUGAAGGGUUGAGGGCCAGACAGGGGCGGCUGGGCUCGGAGCCGACGAGGGUCAGGAUGGAUGAGGACGUGCUGACCACCCUGAAGAUCCUCAUCAUCGGCGAGAGUGGCGUGGGCAAGUCUAGCCUGCUCUUGAGGUUCACAGAUGAUACUUUUGAUCCAGAACUUGCAGCAACAAUAGGUGUUGACUUUAAGGUGAAAACAAUUUCAGUGGAUGGAAAUAAGGCUAAACUUGCAAUAUGGGAUACUGCUGGUCAAGAGAGGUUCAGAACAUUAACUCCCAGCUAUUAUAGAGGUGCACAGGGUGUUAUAUUAGUUUAUGAUGUCACACGAAGAGACACCUUUGUUAAGCUGGAUAAUUGGUUAAAUGAAUUGGAAACAUACUGCACAAGAAAUGACAUAGUAAACAUGCUAGUUGGAAAUAAAAUCGAUAAGGAAAAUCGUGAAGUUGAUAGAAAUGAAGGCCUGAAAUUUGCACGAAAGCAUUCCAUGUUAUUUAUAGAGGCAAGUGCAAAAACCUGUGAUGGUGUACAGUGUGCCUUUGAAGAACUUGUUGAAAAGAUCAUUCAGACGCCUGGACUGUGGGAAAGUGAGAACCAGAAUAAAGGAGUCAAACUGUCACACAGGGAAGAUGGCCAUGGAGGAGGAGCCUGUGGAGGUUAUUGUUCUGUGUUAUAAACUCUGGGAAAUGCCAUAUUUGAUCAGAUAGUGACAUCUUUCUGUAUAUAAACUCCUUAACUGCUAUUUUAGGGACCUUGCAGUUUGCACAUAUUUGUUUUGUAUCAUGGCAUAAGUACUUACAAGAAAUCUCACUCAUUGGCUUUCCCAGGUAAAAUGUUAUGGUAAGCAUGCACAGUUUGCAGUUUACAGUUUUUAUGUAACAUAAAAUUGGUGUACCUUUUAUAAGUACACUUGAUUUUAUGAUUUACAUUUAUCAUGUGAUUUUUAAAAAUCCACCUAUCUAAUAUAUGUGAGAACAAGGUCUAAUUUUGGUCUUUUUUUUUUUUUUUGCUUAAAUACUCCUAUCAAUUACUGAAUUAAUUGAUAUGUAGAACUCCUAGAACUGCUGAGAGAUUACAGGUAUCCAACCUGGUGAGUUUCUUCAAGAAUAACAAAAAGCAUGAUUCCACAGCUUUCCCUAGGAUGUCUGCUGACAGAUUCUCUUGUGGUAUUAAGCAAAAUUCUUUUUAUAGAAUGCAGUCCAGGCCAAUUUAUAAUUAAAUUUCUGUUCUGAUGAUGCUUCUAAAAUAGCAUUGAUAUGUUAAAGAAGUUUGAUCUUUUUAAUUUACUUCAAUGAGUAGCUCAGUUGCUUAACUGGAGUUUUAAUUCUGUGAUAUGUACAUUGGAUUCAUGACCCUUAAUGCAGCAUUUUUAGUGGGUGUUUGGCAGAAUGGCAAUAAGGUUUUCCCCAUUUUGGUUUCGGAAAGACACGAAUAGAGUGUUUUUGUGGCUCAUGUUGUACUUACCCUUUGAAACCAACACCUUUUUCUAUAAAUGUUGAUGGUGUUCGUCCAGGUACCUCCAUUGUAGCUGUGUAAUGUUUAUGAAUAGCUGUAUCUAAUGACUUCCAUAAAUGGCAUGUUAAUAUUCAAAAACCUAUGUCUGUAUUUUGAGGGUUGGGAUAAAAAACACUAAAUUACAAUUUGAGAAAGACAUAUUGCUUCCAGAUUUUGAUGUGUGUGGGGAAAUAGUGUUGCAAUGAAAAUCUUGGUAAUUUAUUGUAACAUGUAGUCAAUAUUUUAUUAAAACCAACUUGUACAGACUAAUAAAUCUUUCCCACAAUAUUCAGUUUUCUAACCUCUA